UCUGUUUAUAAGAUAGGCUGAACAGAAAUCCUCACUACCUCUUGGCAACUAAAUUCAAGUCGGUGGAGACUUUUAAAUCAGGACCAGGCUUCACGUAUUCCGGUGCUGCAUUCAGGAAGAGACCCUGAGAGCCUCCAUGUUUGAAUGGCUAUGUGAGGCAAUGGCUUCAGCAUGGCACGUAGCCAGCCCCUGCCUGAAGCUGAGCACAGGGCUCAGGUCAAACUUCUUCCUACCUUCAGCCUUCAGUACCCUCACUUGCACAUACUUUCUCCCCACACCUUAAUCAGUUGGGUGAGGGGUAACACUUGUCUUCUUGGUGGGGAAAUGCCACCUUCCUCAGAUAUAUUUACUGUGCUGACUUGAGGCCCUCUGGUGCUCUGUCACAUGCAGGUGAGCUUGUCCCUCCCAGUGACCUUGCUGGGGCCCCAUGCUCUAGCAGAGCUGAUAGCUGUCUUAUCCCUCCCACACUGGAAAAACCCUACAUUCACAGCCUUCAAACUUACUAUCUUUCCUUCUCAGAGGUUCUUCUGUCCCCUUUAUUAAAAAAAAAAAAAAAUCCACCCUGUAUUGAAAACUGCCAGUGUUACUCUCUCCUUCCCCACAAAAGCCUCUUGGAGGAGAGAUGAGGCUUAGCCCCAAGAACCAAACUUGCUGCCUGACUUAUUAAUAACUGCCAUCGGCUGCCUAAUUUCCAUAAAGCUGAAGACUGAGUAUUGAAAGAUUUCUUAAAGGAUUUGGGUAUCUUCUAUCAAGUUGUCUUCCUGAGAUCCAGCUGUCAUCGGUAUCCAGGGAGCCCUCCUCUUCCUCCUCCUGCUGACACUCUACCAUCGCAGUUGCCGGUUGUUGCUAAGGUUGCCUCCAUGGUAACACGUAUAUCCUGUUUACACCUUCAUCUGGGCAAGUCAGUCUAAACUAGGAACCUACCUACUCUGGACAACCACUUCCAUCACCACCCAGGGGACACCAAUCAUCGUGACACAAGGUCCCCCUUCUACUCAGUUCCCCCAUCCUCUUCCUCCUUUCACUGCCAGGCUUCAUACAAAAGAAAGGAUCUUGGUUUGGGGUUGCUACCCUGAAGCUUACUGCACAAGAUAUAGUCAAUCUCUAUUCUCACUGGGCCCCCAGAGAAGCAAGAAGCAGGAAGAAGUGGGGACAAGAAGGCAGGAGGCACUGAUUGGUUGAAGGGAAACUCCUCAUCUUCUCUGGUUGAAGGGCUGGUAACCGCAAGCAAAAUGACGAACCCAUUAGAACAUAACUUGCCGUCCAACUCAAUAGCCGAAAGUCAUGAAGGGGACUUUGGCUGCACAUUAAUGGAAUUGAGGAAGCUCAUGGAGCUGCGUUCGACUGAUGGACUGAACGAGAUCAAUGUCCACUAUGGAGGUGUACAGAAUAUCUGCAAUAGACUGAAAACCUCCCCUGUGGAAGGUCUCUCCGGGAACCCUGCAGAUCUGGAGAAACGUAGAAUCGUGUUUGGACAGAAUUUAAUCCCCCCCAAAAAGCCCAAGACCUUCUUAGAAUUAGUGUGGGAAGCCCUUCAAGAUGUCACACUCAUCAUCCUGGAGAUUGCAGCCAUUAUCUCCCUGGUCCUGUCCUUUUAUCGCCCCCCUGGUGAACAAAAUGAACUGUGUGGCGAAUCCGUAAGUAGCCCAGAUGACGAAGGGGAGGCAGAAGCUGGCUGGAUCGAGGGGGCAGCCAUUCUGUUCUCGGUGAUCAUCGUGGUGUUAGUGACAGCUUUUAAUGAUUGGAGCAAGGAGAAACAGUUCCGGGGACUGCAGAGCCGCAUUGAACAGGAGCAAAAAUUCUCCAUUAUCCGGAAUGGUCAGCUCAUUCAGCUCCCUGUGGCCGAGAUUGUGGUGGGUGACAUCGCCCAAAUCAAAUACGGUGAUCUGCUGCCUGCAGACGGAAUCCUGAUCCAGGGAAAUGAUCUGAAGAUUGAUGAGAGCUCUCUGACAGGGGAAUCAGACCAUGUCAGGAAGUCCCUGGAAAAAGACCCCAUGUUGCUGGCAGGGACCCAUGUGAUGGAAGGUUCUGGCAGGAUGGUGGUGACUGCUGUGGGGAUCAACUCCCAGACAGGAAUCAUUUUUACCCUCUUAGGGGUACAUGAAGAUGAAGAGGAGGUGAAAAAGAAGAAAGGUAAAAAACAAGGAGUCCCUGAAAAUCGCAACAAAGCAAAGACCCAAGAUGGAGUGGCCUUGGAAAUCCAACCACUCAACAGCCAGGAUGGGGCCGACAAUGAGGAGAAGGAGAAGAAGGUAGUCAAGGUGCCCAAGAAGGAAAAGUCAGUGCUGCAGGGCAAGCUGACGCGGUUGGCUGUUCACAUCGGGAAAGCCGGCCUGUUCAUGUCUGCUCUCACGGUCAUCAUCCUGAUUCUGUAUUUUGUGAUUGACAACUUUGUGAUACAUCGAAGACCAUGGCUACCUGAGUGUACCCCUAUCUACAUCCAGUACUUUGUCAAAUUCUUCAUCAUCGGUAUCACUGUACUGGUGGUAGCUGUGCCAGAGGGGCUGCCACUAGCUGUCACCAUCUCACUGGCCUACUCUGUGAAGAAAAUGAUGAAAGAUAAUAACCUGGUACGGCACUUGGAUGCCUGUGAGACGAUGGGCAACGCCACAGCCAUUUGCUCUGAUAAGACAGGCACGUUGACCAUGAACCGCAUGACAGUGGUGCAAGCCUAUAUUGGAGGCACUCAUUACCAUCAGAUCCCAAGCCCUGACAUCUUCCUGCCCAGGGUCCUGGACCUCAUUGUCAAUGGCAUUUCUAUCAACAGUGCUUAUACCUCCAAGAUUCUGCCUCCAGAGAAGGAGGGAGGCCUGGCACGGCAGGUGGGCAACAAGACCGAAUGUGCUCUGCUGGGCUUUGUCACUGAUCUGAAGCAGGAUUACCAGGCAGUACGCAGUGAGCUGCCCGAGGAGAAGCUCUACAAGGUGUACACCUUCAACUCGGUGCGCAAGUCCAUGAGCACGGUCAUCAGGAAGCCAGGUGGUGGCUUCCGCAUGUUCAGCAAGGGCGCUUCAGAGAUCAUCUUGCGCAAGUGUAAUCGGAUCCUGGACAAGAAAGGGGAAGCAAUGCCAUUCAAGAAUAAGGACCGAGAUGAUAUGAUACGCAAUGUCAUUGAGCCUAUGGCCUGUGAGGGACUCCGGACUAUCUGCAUAGCUUACCGGGAUUUUGAUGGUGAAGAGCCCUCAUGGGACAAUGAGAAUGAAAUUGUCACUGAGCUGACCUGUAUUGCAGUGUUGGGCAUCGAGGACCCUGUGCGCCCAGAGGUACCGCAAGCUAUUGCCAAAUGCAAAAGAGCUGGCAUUACUGUCAGAAUGGUGACAGGUGACAAUAUCAACACAGCCCGAGCUAUCGCCACCAAAUGUGGCAUUCUGACACCUGGAGAGGACUUCUUGUGUUUAGAAGGCAAAGAAUUCAACAGACUCAUUCGCAAUGAGAAGGGCGAGGUAGAACAAGAAAAGCUAGACAAGAUCUGGCCUAAGCUUCGGGUGCUGGCGCGGUCUUCCCCCACUGACAAGCACACGCUGGUGAAAGGUAUCAUUGAUAGCACUGUUGGGGAUCAGCGGCAGGUGGUGGCUGUCACUGGUGAUGGCACAAAUGAUGGCCCAGCUCUAAAGAAAGCAGAUGUUGGUUUUGCCAUGGGUAUUGCAGGCACAGAUGUAGCAAAGGAGGCAUCAGAUAUCAUCCUGACAGAUGACAACUUCACCAGCAUCGUGAAGGCAGUGAUGUGGGGACGAAACGUCUAUGACAGCAUCUCCAAGUUCCUGCAGUUCCAGCUCACAGUCAACGUGGUGGCUGUGAUCGUCGCCUUCACUGGAGCCUGUAUCACCCAGGAUUCUCCACUGAAAGCUGUACAGAUGUUGUGGGUUAAUCUAAUCAUGGACACUUUUGCUUCACUGGCCCUGGCAACAGAGCCUCCUACGGAUUCUCUAUUAAGGCGACGCCCCUAUGGCCGAAAUAAGCCUCUGAUCUCACGUACUAUGAUGAAGAACAUCUUGGGCCAUGCAGUCUACCAGCUCACUGUCAUCUUUAUCCUGGUCUUUGCUGGAGAGAAAUUCUUUGACAUUGACAGUGGGAGGAAGGCACCUCUACAUUCACCACCCAGCCAGCACUAUACCAUCAUCUUCAACACCUUUGUGCUGAUGCAGCUCUUCAAUGAAAUCAAUUCCCGAAAAAUCCACGGAGAGAGGAAUGUCUUUGCAGGCAUCUACCGCAACCUCAUCUUCUGCUCUGUAGUCUUGGGCACAUUUGUCAUCCAGAUUUUCAUUGUGGAAUUUGGGGGUAAGCCCUUCAGUUGCACAAGCCUUAGCCUGUCCCAGUGGUUGUGGUGUCUCUUCAUCGGGAUUGGAGAACUUCUGUGGGGCCAGAUCAUCUCUGCAAUACCUACCAAAUCUCUGAAGUUCCUAAAGGAGGCUGGACAUGGGACUACCAAAGAGGAGAUCACCAAGGAUGCCGAAGGACUGGAUGAGAUUGACCAUGCAGAGAUGGAGCUGCGCCGAGGCCAGAUCCUCUGGUUCCGAGGCUUGAACCGUAUCCAGACUCAGAUCAAAGUGGUCAGAGCGUUCCAUAGUUCUAUAAGCAUCCAGAAACUCGGGAACCAAGAAUCCAUCCACAACUUCAUGACCCACCCUGAAUUUGCCAUAGAUGAGGAUUUGCCGCAAACACCAUUCCUGGAUGAGCAAGAGGACAAAAGCCUUGAACAUGUUCCUACGACUGGGACUGGGGUGCUUCUGUUGGAUGGUGAGGUCACUCCAUACGCCAACCAGAACAACAACGCGGUGGAGAGCAGCCAAGUGCAAGUUGUCGCCUCCCAUUCGGACAGCCCUCUCCAAAGCCUGGAGACAUCAGUUUGAACUUGUUUUCUCUGACUCCCAUCCCUGCUUUCCCUAUCUCCUUUUUCAUCCAUCUCAUCUAUAAGGUGAUGAUGAGACUGUUCACUGUCAUGUCAGCCACUCCCAAGUGUGUGAGAACCCCCACCCAACCAUGAAGAAGCAAGAGCACAGACCUGCAAGGAUUCCAACUUAACCUUGAGCUGGGGUUGGUAGCAGGAUUUAGUCAAGUGCCAGGCAGGUAAUGGUAGAAUCUAUUCUUUGGGUGUAUCAGUUGGCCGUAUCUAAAGAAGUCACAACAGUCCUCCUGACAUCACCCCAGCCCAGAUUCUCCUGUGUUCACACACAUGUCACCAUUUCCUGACUUCAGGAUUUUUUUAUCCUGAGUGUCUGCCAUUUAUAAGUCAAGUUGAGAGAGUGAUGAUCCACAAAUGUGUUGAGGCAGGAAUGGAAUGUAAAAAAUCAGCCGGAGAGUGAUUAUUUUUAAAAUAAUUUUGCCCAUUUUGAGUACUUAGACCUGAAGGCCUCCGGCUCUUUCUGCCCUCCCAAGGUUCUUUUGGUCUUUUGUAACCCUCAUCUUCUUUCCUUUUCUCUCUCUCUCUCUCUCUCUCUCUCUCUCUCUCUCAAGUUUGUUAAAAUUAAGAGAAUGGAAAGGAUGUGGAUGAGUAGAGUCCACUUUCACCAUUCUCCCUUCAAGCCCCAAUUGAACACUCAAGUUCUAGAGGCAGACAGAUUUCUUUGCUAAAAGGGUCAAGAUCUGGUAAGACUGUUUCCCUCUCUCUGCCAGGUUAGCUUCUACUUCUGAACUGCCUUCUUGUCAGGUAGCUGUGGUUUUUAAGUGCCAGGAAGGUCAGCCUUGACCAUAAAGCUUGCAUGUAUGACAUACAGUUUUACCAUAGGCCAGAGCUUCCUCCUGUUCCUAAAGUGGCAGCAAAAGAAUGAAGUGGGCAUGGGCCUGCCUCCUGGAGGGACUUGGGUUUUGAAGACCAGAAGCAUACAGGCCUAGGAGAAGGUAGACCAUCCCAGCAAACAGUUAUGGGGUCUUCCUCGAGGUGACCACUGCUUUCAAAGCCAUCUGCCAAAACUCUUCCGGGGCAGGACCCAGUUGUUGGGGAAGUGAGUAUUGAGAGGCCUUGGGAAAGGCUGCAGAGCCACUCUGGCAGGAUCUGAGGAAACUUCCCUGUAGGCAUCCAAGACCUUGAGCUUAGGUUC